UCUAGUCUGUUGUUCUCUCCUACAGUGAAUCGGUUGCUUACUAUGGAGACUAACCGCAAUAGAAAUAGUGACAGAUCUCCAAAUGCUUUCUAAAUACCAAACAACGACCAUGACUGCUAUAAGGAAAAACAAAUCUCCUAUAAUGACCGCUGCCGUAAGCUGCUCCCGCUUACGGCAGGUCCAGGCUCUGCUAAGGGAUGAUGUUAAUACAGCUCCAGAUGGCAUCCUUUGCUCCCUGGGUAUUGACAGCCGCUACAAUGAAGGCUGCAGCGAGCUGGCCAGCUACCUUUUUUGUGGCUUGUAUAAACACAACCAUUUUGAGAUGGAGCAGAUCCCAGAGGACUUUCCAGAGGAAGUGCUGGAUGAUGUGAUCAUCCUUAUUAAGGCGGAGUGUGUGCAUCUGUACUGCAACCCAGUGAAUUAUGGGUACCUGCUUCCCUAUGUAUCUCACUGGAGGAAUCUGCAGCUUCAUUGUCUGACCGAGACAGAAUAUGAGGAUGAAGAGGUCGCGGAGGAAUUUAAAAUCUCAAGUUUUGUAUCCAUGGUUCAAGACUGCCGAUGCAUCGGAAUUCCCUACAGUUCACAUGGCCAUGUUCAGAAGUUUGACAUGUUCAUGUUGGAAAAAUGGCCCAUCAUUCAGGCAUUUGCCUUGGAAGGAAUUGGGGCUGGAGUGUUUUUCACCAUGAAAUAUAAGCUCACAGAUGUUAGUCAGAGACUUUGGCAAGUCUACAGCAGAUUGGACCCAGCAUCUCUGGACUGCCUUCUCAGUGAGGAUCUUCAGCAUUUCGAAAGACAGUGGAGCUGUCUGUUCUCCAGUAUGGAAAUCGAGAGUGCACUUUCCAUGCAGGAGCUGUCAGAGGCCCAAGUUGCAGAGCCUUUCAGAACAUAUUAUUCGCAUGGCCUUAUUUCCAGCAAUAUCACAGACAAGAGUAAAAGCAGACAGCCGUUUGUGUUGUUUGGGAGCCACUCUACUAAGGAAGAUCUGGACAACUACUGUUUCACCUUCCCUUCUGAAGGCCACCAGGUUCGCAACACUGGCCCUGGUGGGGGUGUUGCCAAACACAUGCUGCUGCAGUGUGUGGCUCCUAAAGGGCCACUAGCCUGUGCUCGAACCUAUUUCUUCGGAAGCACACAUGUCCCAUACUUAGGAAAUGACAACACCCAGCAGAAGGGCACAGAUCUCCAGCUGCUUUCACAUAUCUACUCAGCUGUGGUUCAGUCUGUACUAGCAGGAAUCAAGUGUUUCUCCAUCAACUCCAGUGCUAGUAAAGCAAAGGAUGUAGCCGAGCAAACGUUUCAGCUGGCCUUGGACAACUUUGGGUUGGUUCAGUACAGGGGAGCUCUCAGAUCCAAAGCUGUGUUUACCAUACAGGCUGUCAACAAUGAGGGAACAAUCAUUCCCCUCAGUGAUGAGGACAGUCGCUUUAUGGUUAAAACUGCGUCCAUGAUGGUGCACGAUAUCCCAGAUCUCCAGUGUGGAGGAAACCUGGGAUCAGUAGUUUUCUCUGAGUCCUUUCUAGAGUCAAGCGUUUACAUUCAGCAGAGAGAUGGUGCUCUUUCCUCUGACAGCUGUUUCACUGUGCUCACCUCCUCAGUUCCUCGCCAUGUCUGCUGGCUGGUAGAUGAGGCUGAUGUACGAUUAUCUGAACAGGCUCAACAUCUGCUAAAGGAAGAGGAUGGUACAUAUUUGGGCAUUCCUCUAACAGUGAGAGACUCUGCCUACAUGUUCUCCAACAGCCUGCUGUCUACACCUGAGGAAGGGAAGCUGGUGUUUUUCUCUGAGGGUAUCCUGUUUGUGCAUCCUCAUCACGGCUCCAUUACACUCUCUAUGAGUCACAUCAACACCAUUAAGCUCUAUGAUGGGGGCUCUCUGUCUGAUGUUUCAAUUCUGUUCAUCAAGUAUCAGACCUCUCUGCUUCCGCACCUUCCAUUCCCUUUACACAGUGCUGAUUUCUCUCUGGCUAUUGCUCUGCUUCCCAGAACCAAGAGCUACAAAAGCUUCUAUUCACAGGUCCUGCCAGCUUGGCGUAAGUCAGACUCUGGGUUGAGAGUGCAACAUGUCCUCAACGAUCAGCUGAGCCCUGAGCACAAGAGCAUGUACUUCAGGCUGUUAAAGCUUCAUGAGAUACAUACACCAGCGGCAAACAGCCACAGAGCUGUUCUGAAGACUGCUUAUCCACAGCUGCAAGAGCAGGACAGGUUCCUUCAGCAUUUUGCCAUCAGCAGUAGUGUGGGUGAAGAAUCUGUCUGUAGCGACCACUUGUCUACUGUGUUUUCAGACACCGCACCUGAAAACAUCAAACCUGAGUCCAAGAAAAAGGUGGUCCUCACUAUCAUUGCAGGCUUGCCAGGCAGUCAUAAGGAGAAUCUGUGUGAUUUCAUGAUGGAAGUGAAUCAAAAUAGCGCCAGGUGGGAGGUGUUUUGCCCUGCUCUGGAGGACUCAGAGGAAUUCAGUGCGUCACACCUUCAGCGGUUCCUGAGCAGCCUUCUGGCGAAACAGAGGGAGACGGAUCUGAAUUCAACCAGAGUUGUGCUGCUUAUACCAGGGUACACUGAUGUGCUGGAUGUAAUCCAGGCAAUCACGGCCCAUCCAGACCCACAAGUUCACAGCCAAGUGACAGUGGGUGCCAUCUCAGCGUGUGUCAACCCACUCACAUCCUUCAUCAAACACAGGCUUCUCUUCCCCAAACUCCUGGAGCAGUGCAGUCAGGGCGUCGUCAGCAAUGUUGUCUUCACGGGUUUGACUACUGAGCAGAAGCACCCACUUCUCAAACACAUGCAGCAGCUGAUCCGUGCUGCCAAUCCCAGCACUGCAUUUAUCUCAGCAGAGAAAGGGGCGGUUAGAAGGACUGAAGAUAUACGACUUAUCCUGAAUGACAGCAGUUUCUCACAAUCUCAUAUGAUCAAUGCACGAUACCUGCUGUAUCCUGGCUGGUGGGAAGGCAGGUUUGUUUCUGGAAGUGGAUCAUUGUCUAUGUCUCAGCAUUGCAUUGAGUUCAGUCGUCCAUUGGAAAAAGCAUUAUUUCUGCAGCGCUGCAAAGCUCUGAAAUCCUCUCUCAAACCCAGCUUUUUAACAGGAAACAUCUAUCACAUCAGUGGGAAAGUGCUGUUCUCUGACAAUGACAGACAGAUGGUGGUAAACUGUAACUCUAUCAGUGGGAAUGUGACCAUUGCCCCUGAUCAGGGGACUCACCAUGGCCCACGGACAACAAACAACUGUUAUCUAAUGUUUCACGGAGUGGGGCUCACCCAGGAGGGGCUGAAAGACUGGCUUCGGCAUUGUGCCAAACAGAAAGUUGCAAAAAAAAUCAAGAAGAAUAAGAGGACGCUCACCACACAGGAGAUCAGAUGCAUUCAUGUGAAAAGACACCUUGAUCCUCUCCCUCCCGGUUACUUCUACAAUGGUCAUCACUUCGUCAGUUUCUUUGGAGAAAAGCAAAACUUCCAUCCUCUGAUGGAUCAGUUCAUUGAUGAAUACGUACAAGAGACCAAUAAGGAGAUUGAGCACUUCAACAGAGAGGUGGACCUGCAGCCACAUGUUGACCUCUUCGACCCCUAAUCCUCUCAUCUGACAAAUUCACUUUCCGGGGAAAGGGAGGGGAGGGUCACUUUACAAUCACUAACGUCCACUAUCCAAUUACCCUCUCAAAACCAUCCAUUUCACAUGUUAGAAUGAGGGAUUUGCUGUUGAGAGAUGGGGAGGAUUUAGCUCACAGCCAGGAAGAAAUAUCACAGCCUAAUGAGAGAUCCUUUGCCCAACAUACCAUGACUGUAAAUAGUACCAGCGCCCUGAGAAAGCUGAAACGCUGUUGUGUAAAACAGCAAUACUAAAGCCUCAGAUGUGUCAAAACAUUCCUGUAAAGAACAAUAUUUUCUCUGUAUUAUAGAAAAAAGGUAAACAGAAAUUCGAGGCUUAUAUGUAGGCUGCAAGGGAUGCCCAGAUCAUUACUCUCUCCGCAGUGUACAUACUGUAGUGCUGAAGCUCCCUGCAGUGAAGGUUGUUCUACUGUAAUUCCAGUGCCUAGCAGACAUAUUGAGCUGAAUCGUAAUGAAGUUUGUCAGUGAGGCUGAAAGUGAUCAAACAGAAGGCUCAUUUCCAGCCGUGUGCAUCUGGAAAGGCAGGUGCACUGCACCUGUCCUCAGUCAGCCUCUGUCAAUCUAUCGACCCCCGCUGUGUGGAUCAGGGCUGAGGAUCUCUCAUGUGCUGCAGUUCUCUUUUCAGCCAUUCCAAAGUCAUUAACUGACACGCUGGUGCUUCAAGUCCCCAUUUUUUGAGAGGGUUAGGGAAUCAGGGUACGAUGGAGGGUUUAUUAGAAGUUUUUAUGUGUUCUUAAUCAGAUUGACUUGUUGGUGUUGGGUUCAUUUGUAGCACCAGGGAUUGGUUUGGUGUGUUAAACCCAUGCUUGCCAAGCGUGUGCUGGUACAAAAGCAUGGCAGAAGCAGAAUUAGUGUGCUUAUAUCACCCCUGUACUGUAUUAGAUCCGUACCGUUCGGUAUUACGGUCGGUCGUAUUUUAACUCUAUCUUGGGGUGUGUGUCAUUCUAUGCAUGUUUACUUGGACUAAUCACACACAGCAGGAGAGCAGCAGUGUCUUGUGUGUAGAUACACACACAUUUGAACUUUUGUCUACAAGACAAGCCUUAAAAGUAAUGUUUUGAAACCAUUACAGCGCUACUAAAGGGAUGCACUUCCAAAGAAACCCGGACACUGCUGGUCUCCUCUGUGCUGCAAUAUACUGUACCGGUGUUAAUACACUACAUGGUUAGCAGUUCUUUCACCAAGCCAUAUUCACUCUUUACUGUGGAGAUUUAUGAGCUACAUAGUGCUUAUGUUUCUAUGGGCUUUUUUAGUGUUCCUUUAGAAAUUUCUAAUAUGGUAACUUUGCCUUUAUGUCUCUUGACACUUCUGUACCUUGUCAGUAUGCAAGUGCAGUUUUACUCAAGGCCGCCCUGUUGUGAAUAAACUCUGAAAGGACGUUGCUGAGAUGUAGAUCCGACAAGCAAAGGGAAACCGACUACUCACUAAUAGGUGACAGAGCCUCAGAGGUAAGCAGUCACUUCACGAGUGCUGAAACACAAUCACCGAUGUGCCCCACACACACACACACACCGCUCAUUUAGCUGGUGGUGUCGCUAUUAGUCGGGUUCUACACAGCAGCUGUCCUUAAUGGGUACAGGGCUACGUAACACUUAUAUAAUGUGUAGUUCAAAGUAGCGGCCAUUUUUAGCACAUACUAUACGCAUGUGUUAAGAUGUCUUAUCGAGUUCUAUUUAUGCUAACUGAAAUGCCUUUCACCAAACUGGAACAACCAAGAAAUCGCAAGAGUUCGAUCUAUUUUUCAUAUUGGAAAAAAGGUGAUUUAUCUUUGCAAAUUCUAUUUUUCUAAUGCUGUGAAAUCAAUUAAAUUGGAGCCAGAUGAUAGUAUUCCUCAGGCGAAGCAGAUUCUCUCCUGUGAGAGAUAUUUGGCUGCCACUGCAGAGUCUUGGCAGAGAGCAGGGGCAUCCCCGGGCAGAGCCACGCGCCAGUGUUGGUGAAAGGAUAUGAAGAGUUGUUUGUCUAUUUAAGUGUAAAGGGCCAGUAAGGGUCUGCCGAGUAACAGAAAGGCACUGGAGGGCCACCGUGUAAAACUCAAGAAACGUGGGCUUUUUGUCAGAGAUGAGCACUGUGAAUCUGGCGUUUGCUCCUCAUCGCAGAGGACACUAGUGAGGCCCUCCAGAGGCAGUUCCUGGUAUUAUGUGAACCCCCUCUGGCCCACACAGCUGUGCUCGUGGAGCUGAGGUUAGAGGAAUAAAACAGAGUUUGGUGGAAAGGUUUAUGACAUGAAUAUAUAUGUCAAGAAUAAUCUUCAAUUUGCGGCUGCAAUGCUAUUCAGAUAGGAGGGAUAGAUUUAUGUCGUUUUCAUUUUGUUUUGCUGAAUGCAAACCGGCCUGGGUUUUCCAAAAGGUCAAACUUUUAAAGAAAAGCACUUUUUUUUUAGUAUUAACAUUGCCUUUGGUGGCAAACUCUUAUUAUUAUAGAUAAAUAUUCUGACUUUCAGUGGUCACUGAAGGCUUGUUCCCGACCAAAACUUUUUACCUUGUCCAGCCCCUAAAUCUGAUCGUUGUUUUAAUAACCAACCAGAGGCUGAAUAUUCAGACAGCACAUGUCUCGUGUUCUCAGGUAUGUAGUAGAGUUGGCAACACCAGCAUUCCAGUUUUAUUUCAAACGUCCAUCACAACCGGCCUACAUUUAGUGCAUUGUGUUGUGGAUGAACGUGCUGUGCUUCGGGGGCGACAGUAAAAUUAGGACAAGCUAAAGGGCUAAAUGAUUUCCAAUUGCUGCUGGAUGGCUGGGGACAAGCCUGAAAAUUGAAAUAGCUAAAAAUAGAUAUUAUUAGCUAAAAGUUAUUUGCACAAAGCUAAACAUGCACCCAUAAGGACUUAUAUUGGCGUUUUGGGGAAACAUUGGACCUUUUUGACCCAGAGGCAAAAUGUGGGAUUCAUAUAGAUUCCCCAGUCUUUACCUCAGUUUCCGAAUAUCCAGUGCUCAGAGUUCAUGAAAUCUUUGAUAUCUUAACUGAAUAAGAUUUCAGAUGGUUCUACUUGAAAAGUGCCAAAAGUUCUUAAAUAACUUUUGUUUUAUUUGUUUGUUUGUUUAAAGGGGUUAAACAAAAGUUUGUGGAAAAUCUAAAUUUGAGUGUUGUUUGCACAAAACUACUGUAACUCGUGUUUUCUCCUGUGACUGAUGCUUUUUUCUAAUAUAUAUGUUGUAUUUAUGACAAAAUAACACAUUAAAAUAUUUAUAAGCUA